UCUUGAUCUAGAUAUAUAUACAUAUAUAUAUAUAAUUAGUAAUAUAAUAAUAGAAAUAGAAAUGGAUAGCAAAAAGGGAAGAGUGUGUGUGACAGGUGGAACAGGGUAUGUUGCAUCAUGGCUUGUAAUGAGGCUUCUUCAGAAUGGUUACUCUGUCAACACUACUGUUAGAACAGAUCAUCCAGACAUAAGUUACCUAAAAAACCUUCCAAACGCACCCGAAAGACUACAAAUUUUCAACGCAAAUCUCGACAAACCCGAAACCUUCACUCCAGCCGUUAAAGACUGCGUUGGAGUUUUCCAUUUAGCUCACCCGAUGGAAUGGAACGAAAACGAAACCGAAGAGACAAAAACCAAAAGAGCAAUCGGUGGGCUAUUAGGCAUUUUACAAGCAUCUCUCGAUUCGAAAACUGUUAAGAGAUUCGUGUACACUUCUAGUGCAUCCACGGUCAUCUUCAAUGCCAGCUGUAAGAAUCUAGAUACCAUAGACGAAGAAUCUUGGACGGAUUUUGAUUUCUUGAGAAGCUUAGGUCUAAAGGGAGCAUCGUAUGUCAUAACCAAGACGUUAGCCGAGAGAACGGCUUUAGAAUUCAGCGAGAAAAAUGGAUCCUCGUUGGAAGUUGUGACACUCGUUCCUCCAUUUAUACACGGUCCUUUUCUUGGUGAUCGUUGUCCUAAUUCGGUUAAGGCAUCUCUUGCAUUGAUUUUCGGGGAUGAAGAAUAUUAUAAGUAUUUUGCGAGGACAAGUUUAGUGCAUGUGGAUGACGUGGCGAGGGCCCACAUUCACGUUUUCGAGUAUCCGAAGGCGAAGGGGCGAUAUAUUUGCUCUGCUGUUGGAGUUACAAUCGAUAAGUUGUCCGAGUUUUUAUCGACUAGAUACCCGGAGUACAGAAUACCAAAGCCAGAUUCGUUGAAGGGUAUAGAACCUGUAGAAUUUUCCGAGCUUUCGUCGAGAAAGCUAAUGGAAACUGGAUUCGAGUUUCGUUGCGGAUUGGAGGAAAUGUUCGAUGGAGCGAUUCGGAGUUGUAAGGAAAAGGGUCUUCUGUAGUUCAUUUUGUGAACUUUAAUUUUUCUUUCAUUGAUAAAAGUGAUUGCAAUUGACAUUGAUUAUAUUGUCAUGGUAAUAAAACACGUGAUUAUAAUUCUUGAUUAUAUUGUCAUGGUAAUAAAACACGUGAUUAUAAUUUUGGCCUUGCAGGGCAGGCCCUAGUGCUUUUUUCAAUGGGAGGAAGUCUUGUUUUUGUUAAACUGAGAUGUAUAGACUUUAGAAGUGAACGUGUAAGUGUCGUUUUAAAGAUAAAUUUUGCGAAGUUUGGUUUUGCAUACUUUUGGAAAAUAAGAAUUCAAUUCAUGUAUUUGGGGAAUUCUAGUGAUUUUUGGCAUCUGUA